AGUUGUACCCCCCCCCCCCCCCCCCCCAUCCGCGGUUACCGGAAUCUACUUUUUGCGGAGCCACGGAAACGAACGACGCUUUUGACGUAGGCCUAGCUCCGAUUCCGAAUGUUACACUCAGAUAAGAGGGGAAGUUUAUUAGCAUGAUGUAACAUCGAUUGAAGAAUGUCAGUGCCUUUAACAACUCACCCCACAACUCCAUAAUGUCAAGCAACCCCUCCCGUGCUCCUACCAGGGCCCAGUCGGGACCUAGAGAUGGAGCUACGAGCACAAGACCACCAAGUAUGGCUUCAAGGUCUAGACAGUCUAGUCUUCAUCGUGGUCAAAGUUUCAGGGGUAACAAAAAGGCUCAUUAUCGGCCGAUGGUCACCGUAGCGCCACGUCGUUCUGAAAGCAGGAGCACCAGAGCGUCAACGGCCGAGCCUCGUGGACCCAGCCAAAGAGACACACUUCAUCAAGAUCAGCUGAGUACUAUUGAUGAAGACCGAUCAGACUCCAAUUCAAUCAUCACAGCAUUGACCAGUGACAUUCCGAAGCCUCGCUACACCUACAACCCUCCUGUAGAUAACAUGGCAGCCAGUGAGAUGAACAUCGUUACACAGUAUCUAGAUGAUGCCUUUGUCAAUGCUCACAUGCUCUCUCUCUGCCAAGGUUUACUUACAAACCCAAACUUACCGUACAACCCUUACCCGGCGUUCCUCCUUCGGCUGAGACACCUUGCUGAAGCAUUCCACAUGCACAGAGAGACGCCAGAAUCAAUUGCUGCCAUUCUUACCAACCCCUUACAGAAGACGAGUACACCAGUGAUAUGGGGGGUCAAAGGUCACACCAAUGUCUGGGGUUUAAAGGAUAUUGUCCAUGCUGUGGACCCAAAGGUCAUCAGUGAUUACUCCUGGUUGCUGGCUUCUGUUCCUCCUCCUCAGAUUGCUGAGGUUGAGAACAGCGGCGUGAAGGGGGAUAUAUUACUAGCUCUUACUGGUCCUGCAAUCUUUAGUGGUACAUUCUAUCCUGACCCACCUACCAUUGACUUCAGUCUUGAGUUUAUGAUGUAUGGCACCAAGCUUGAUAUGGCCUUGAAGGUAUUCACCAAGACCUUGAGGGAUGAUGUCAAGAGAAUGACCUCUAGCAAAUUUCCACACUGCUUUCUUGGUAUUGUGACAGCUACUGGUGGCAAACCAACACUUUGGGAUAAGAAGAGAGUUGAAUUGGAGAAAGAUGCAUUCUUUGCUGCUGUGGAAGAAGCCGUCAAGAAGCGCAAUCCUCCAAUCAUGAAGGUUAUCUUUUCAUUGACUGAAGAAGGAAGAGAGUACAAAAGGGGCUCUAAGAAAUACAUCUUUCACUUUAUUGAGACUGACAGGGAUACAGGAGUUGAACAAUUCAGCAGUUUUGCAGAACACCCUUACGAGACGCUCUUCUCAUCAAUCUUCCUGCGGAAAGCAGAUGCCGAGGCCUAUGUUGCUGGGUUCAAACGGUACCACGAUCCAACAGGACGGGCGACCACAAGGGCAGCAUCAACAAAAGAGGGCCGUAGUAAAGGUGAGACCAGGAACCAGUCUUUCACAAGGAGAGGAAGAAAGGAGGAACAGACACAGAAGCAGCCAACCAUGACAACCAUGGCAGAGGGUAUCAAAGAACCUGUGAGGAAUGCUUGGGAGAGGGAUCUAGCAAAGUUGAAUAUUCUAAAAGGAGACGCCUGUACUAUCAUCAAUAUCCUACUCUUUAUUGUUCUCAUGGAUAGAAAUAAAUACAAGACAGAGGAGUUGGUUGACAUCUAUCGCUUCCUACGGAGCACUGCUAGUCAGUUCCACGUGGCAUGCUCUAUGAAUGCAGUACUUCGCCUUUAUGUACGCCAAAAGGAGAGCCAUAGUCAGGAGAUUGGUACUAAGCUUUUCAUGCAGUAUAAGAAGAAUCUGCUAGGAGUAUUGGAUCCAUCGUUACAUGAACGAAGCUCAGAUCAAGCUGCAGUAUUUGAUUUCCUCAAGCUGAAACUGGACAGAAUGACCAGAGUGCCGAGGGAUGACAAAGGGUCAAGGGUUGUAAUCCUUCCUAUGGAAAUCCAGACUGCAGUUCAGUUGGUGGAGCUAGACCUCAGCUGUUUGUCCAUUCAGCUUGGUUUAAAUGAAGAUGGCCUGGCAUAUCUCAAACACCUCAACAUCAAGAAAUUGCUCAGUGAUUACAAAGAGAAAUACCCUGACAGCGUACCCCGCAUACAGAUCAGGGACAAGAGCAUUCCAGAGACCAGCAACAAAAAGAAGGGAACAAAGGUUGUACCUCGUAAGCCAGCAGUCAUUCUCAAGCAUGGGGUGGAGGCUAACUCCAUCAGCCAACAGAGGAAUUUAUAUGUGAAUGUGGAGUGGUCGGUUCAAUCCAGUAUGCAUCCUGUUGUCAUGGCAACUGAAGGAGUGCUGAUGCAGUAUCUGAUAGAUGUACGGAUGGAUCAAGUAUGGAGAGGUUAUCUCAUGGAUCUGAUCAAUGGAGAUCAUCUACCACCAAACCCUUACCCAAGACUAAUCACCAAACUCAGACAGGCAGCGUUCAAAAUGGAACUAUGGAGAGAAGCAGAUGCUAAACUGCAAGCUAGACUCCUUCAUCGUCAGUCAAGACUUGUUGAUCGCUCUAAUUAUGUUUUUACUCUGGAGGAGUGUGGUGGGUUUGGAGUGUCUUCUGCUCUGUCGGCCAUCAUGCCCCAGAGCUUCAAGAAGAUUUCAGUGCUUGCUAACCUGAUGGCUAACCAAGAUGUCGUCAGUCACAAAGGACAGUAUCAGUUGACCAGUGGUCAAGCGAUAAGUGGUAACUCCCCUCUGUAUGGCCGUGUGAUGCCCUAUCUUCCCUAUCUAGAACUUCAUGAGCAUUAUUACGUCAGAGGACCCAUCAACGGGGACAAAGGAGCCAUUGAACUCUUUGCAAAACUAGCAUAUGACCAUGUGGCAGACCUAUGCAGCACUGAAAAGUAUGUCAUCAUUGGGCUGUUUGUAGACCAUAGACCAGUCCUAGACCAGGACCAGCUUGAGGAAGACCAAACUGGCGCUGAAAAAGUCAUCAUCAAUGCUACAUCUCGGAGAAAAUCAAUAUUUGUGAAGCUAUACUAUGCUGUAGGAUGGCGAUAUGUUGAGAUUCAUAAGUACUACAUGAUGCACUAUCUCUACAUAGACCAUGCUGAGGAUAAACAUCAAGCGUACUUCCCAAACAAUCCAGUCUAUCUGUACCAAAAUGUCUUCUUAUCUCAAGACGAGGCUGUGAGUCACUACCAGCAGAGCGGGGUAUCAACGUUGGGGAAUCCCCUGAGUGCAUCCAAUACGGCUGCUGUCAACCAAACCAUUUAUGAAUCCAUCAAGACAUCCUUGAACCAACAGAACCUGAUGAAGGUCUACAUGUUACUGCUGACCAAGGCCCUGAUUAACAAGAAUGCAGACUAUCUUUGUGAUACAUGGAGGAUGUUACAUAGUGUAGCAUUUCAACUGGAGUACAUCAUCGCUCUCAUCCAAUCGCUCGUAGAUAUCAUCCGCUAUGUCAGGCAGCACCCCAAUGCUGUUGAAACUGCAGCAUAUCUGGAAGAGAUUGCUGCUGCCAAGGCGAAGGCCAAGAAAGGAACCACUCUGCCUGUAAAAACAUUUGCUGUUCGAGAAUCCACCCUAGGGUAUAUGGUGACUGCACUCUUUGAGAAGGUGGAGUCAGUGUUGAGUGAACCAUGUAGCUUGGUUCCCCUCUAUCUACCAAAGGUAGUCGGUGACAAGCUGAAAGAGAUCGUGGAGAGGCACCCUCAGACUCAAGAACUAUCCCUCAUCAUUGAGAAACAGACAAGUGUCCGUCUGAAUGAGAUCCAGAACCUACUACUGCCCGUGAAGGCUGCAAUAGAGGCAGAUAUCCACACAGCAUGCAGCAAGGUUCAAGAAACACUUCAAAAUAUCAAGAUGGAUAGCUAGCACCAGAAGAAGAGCAAUCCCUUAAAAAAAUUCUUCAUGAAAUACUCCUAUGGGCUGCCUUGCGUCUGAUAUAUAUAUAUAUAUAUAUCUUCUUUUUUUUUGCUGAGAUCAGAAAAAUUCCUGAAUGAAGGCAUUUUUAAAAAUAUACUUUCUAGAAUGUCACUUAACAAGUUUAUUUCACUGGACUGGCUCUUUGUAAGACAGGUAAUUGAACAUCAAAUUAUUUUGAUGUGGAUAGCAGUGCAUGGUUUAACCCCUGGAUAUAUUUCAGAAUUGUUGACUUAUUAUAAUCUUCAACAUUUUCAUAUAUUUUUUUUGUUGAAAAACCUAUUUUUAGGGAUUCAUAAUUUGUAGUUGGUAAUCUAGGAUGUGGAAUUGUCUUUCCUAGUUCAUAUGCUCUUGUGAAUCCACCUGAAGAUAAAUACAUUUUUUCAGAUUACACUGUACUUUUAAUACAACUUAUCAUUAUAUUCAUCUUUCCACAUUUAGAAUCGUGAGUAGACAUGGCCUGUCCUCUGAAGUCCAGGUUAACUGAUACCAUGGACUAACCUAAAAUUAUAGGAAGCCAAAAACAUCAGAAUUUGUUUGUUGUAUUCUUCUCAUGUUUACUGUGCUGUUUCAUAAUUCUUUAACAGUGAAGACAAAUAAUUGGUAUACCCUUUCAAGACCGUAAAUAAUAUUUUGAGUGUCAACAAAUGUUAUAAAUUGAACCUUUACUGUAAGAAAUUUAUUGUCACAAUUGGCUAUCCAUAGGCAAAUCACAAGUUUUUAAUAGUCCAGAGUUUGAAUUAAAUCUCAAUUCAGAAUACUGGCCUAUGUGUUAAUCUUUUAAUCACAUCAGUGCCUUUAAUAUGGCAAUUAUGUAGAGCUGGUAGGGAAUUUUUGCCAUCACCACGCAGACGCUUGCUAUAACGCAGAUAAUCUUUUGUCAAAGGCCCUUCAAUGACAUAACAGCGUUUGUCGACAAACAGCAUAUUUACAAUUUUUCAUCCAGUCCGAAUCAAAGUGAAUGCAAAAAUACGCUAUUGGUGCUCUGCAAAUAUCUGUAUAGAUUCUAGAUUGGAUUAAGUACCCUUGUGAUUCUAUUAUUAAUUUCAGUAUUCAGAUGGAGAGAUCUCUGUAUUGUUAUUUUUUAUUAACAAAAGAAACCUUUGCAAAUUCAACUAAACAUGAAACAUUGAGACUGUAUUUUCCUUGUCAUGCUCUUGCAGACAUCUUGUUUUAAUUUUCUAUGUUACAUAUCUACAUGUAUACAAUUAUUACAAGUUCAUAGACUACAAAAUAAGAAAACAUAAACAAGAAACCAUGUACAAAACAUGACAUACUCCAUAAUCUUAUGAGAACAAAUAAUAAAAUCCAAACAAACCAUAUAUGAUACAUGUCACACUACAAACAAUGAUUUUAAGACUGCAUUUAUGUUACCAUCUGAGUGUCUCUCACAUUGAAAGGUUAUGCUAUGUUUACUCUUGUAAGUUGCCAAUAAUAUUAAUUUUAACCAUUUAUGUAACUGGAAUGAAUUCUAAACUCUUUGAUAUGUAUAUAUUUGUUUGAAAAAUGAAACGAAAUAGUACUUAACAUGCUCUUUAUAUUAUUUAUCCUUCUGUUGUGCAAUAUCUGAUGUGCCAUACUGUACUUUCUAUACACAUCACCUAUUAAUUUUGUGAAAACCUAUUAUACCCCUUUCAUUCAAUCUCAAGUAAUCAGAUCAGAAUACACACAGCAAUAAAAUUGUGUUCACUACGUCCAAAAUAGGCCACACUAUUUUUUACAAGUGCAGAAUGGAAAUUGUACUAUUCAUGGUAACCGCUAUUGAUGCAGAACACAAAAAGAAUUGAAGUCCAAUCUGAUUACACAGGAAUUGAACUAGACCGCAGUGUCCACAUAAUUUGAGAAUCCUGUUUGUUAAUUCCAAGAUGAGAUUGAGUGUGCCUAUAGUUCAAACUAUUCUGGUCCUCUCCUUCAUGAGAAUAGUUUGCCUCCAGUCCAGCUCUUGGAUUGAAUGAAAGGGGUAUUAAUUCAUGAAACAUUCCAUUUGUACAAUGUUCAUAGAGUAGCAAAUCAAUCUAUUGAUUUUUCAUGUACAUAAUAGUUAUCUAUUUGUGUCGCAUUGCUGUAGACAAGUGUAAAUAAUAAAUAUUUUGGUACAGUUUCUAUAAUCUUCUUGAUCUUUACUGUUUCUUUCCUUUAAAAAGAUUAUGAUCUAUGUGGAGGCAUGUGAUAGGAUGAGUCUGAUGUAAAAGAGGUUUACAAUAAUGGUCUGAUAAGGAACUGUGUGUUUAGGUAUGGAGAGUGAUAAAGUGAAUAAAGAUACAUUGGUGCUCAAAAGUUAGUGAACCCCCACCAUAAAUGCACUCCUUUAUGCCGAGUGUUGAAUGUAGACAACACAACAAUGUUUGGCAAGUCCGGAGGAAAAGAAAACUACAUUGAAUGCAAUAUUUUAUCACCUGACUUCACAAUAAAUCUAUGAAGCAAGGUUGAAGUUGAACACUUCAAAUAUUGUUACGUGAAGAGAAGACAUAUCUCACAUUCAAUAAAAUAUCAAUACACAAUCAAUACUUCUACAUGAAGUAUAACAUGAAACUUUAUGUUUAACAAUUCCAACUUUCUUAAGAAAGUAUUACUCAUUCUUCUAGCUAUAAAACCCCUGACGCAGACACAUUUUAUGUGUUUCUUAUUCACUACAUUCCUGCUUUUCACUAAAAGGUCCACUCCCCAAUUCAGAGUAAAGUUAUGACGUACAGAUUGUUAUGGUCAAGCGUCCAAGGUCUUGACCAGACCAAUAUAAAAGGGGUUCACUUCUGAACCCAAUGCAGAAUAGAGAUUGGAGUUUAGAUUUAGCUUGGCUCCAGCAUGCAGAUAUAUUAGAGAUAGAGCUACAGAAGAGUUUAUAUUUUAUACUGGAGAGUUCAUCUUCAGAGUAUAGUCACCAUCAGACUUACUCAUGUAUUUGUCAUUAUCAUCAUUAAGUAAUCAUCCUUAAUUCAUAAAUGUAUAUAUGAACUGUACAUCCUGCAUUGAUUCGUCUCAUUUAAGUCUGGUUGAAAGUAAAGUGCAAUAAGCACCAACACAAUAAUAUAUUCAUUUUCUGGUGGGGUUCACUAGCUGUUGAGCACCACUGUAUACAAAAUGCAAAGAUGAGUCCAGGCAAUGGAACGAGGAUGUGCUUACACAAUGGUGUGAAAGUGCAUUAUUAUAUGGAUGAGAUAUACUAGUGUUAUAUAAAUACAUCAAAUUCAUUUAAUGAUGAGUUUCAUUUAUUUUGACUAUGAAUAAUAUGAACCAUGUGAUGAUUCUUGAAGUUUUU